AUGUCCUCCCAAUGCCCCUUCGACGACGGCUCAGGCAUCGCUCCUCACCCAAUGCCUCCCCAGCUAGAAACCCCCAUCCAACAACUCCCCAUCCCCCAACCACCAACCCACCUCUUCGGCCUCCUAGGCAACAUCCCGGAAAUGGAUCCCUCCUUCCCGGCCCGCUCCUUCUGGCGGCUCAACCAACUCUACGGUCCCAUCGUAAAACUCUCCCUCAAGACCCCCACCAUCCUACUCUCAUCCCAAGAAUUCGUCAACGAAGUAUGCGACGAAUCGCGGUUCGAGAAAUACCCCGGGUCGCUUUUGGUCGAGGUGCGGCCGUUGCUGGGUGAUGGAUUGUUUACCGCGUUUCCGGAUGAGAAGGCGUGGGGGAUUGCGCAUCGGACGCUGAUGCCGGUUUUUGGGCCGAUGGGGGUGAGGAAGAUGUUUGAUGGGAUGUUGGAUAUUGCGUGUCAGAUGGUGUUGAGGUGGGAUCGGUUGGGGCCGGAUCAUGAGAUUGAGUGUAGUGAUGAUUUGACGAGGUUAGUGGCCGACGUGCUUAUCGAAUCUGGAAAACGAGGUUCGCGGCCAAGCUUGUUGAACAAAUUCUACCUAAAAGAUGAACGCAUCAGGCAAGAGAAUGUCAGGAAGAUGCAUGAUCUUGCUGAUCAGAUACUUGCUGAACGAAAAGCACAUCCAAAGCCGGAUGCUAAUGAUUUACUCAACACGAUGAUAUACGCAGUUGAUAGCGUGACUGGGGAGAAACUUACUGAUGAGAUGAUCCGAUAUAACAUGUGCACUUUCCUGGUCGCAGGCCAUGAAACGACAAGCUCUACACUAUCUUUCACUUACUAUAAUCUGUUGAAUAACCCAGAAAAACUGCACAAAGCUCAGCAAGAAGUGGACGAAGUUUUGGGAGACAGCAUAAUGACAGUAGACCACAUACCAAAGUUCAAGUACAUCGAUGCGUGUCUCAAGGAGACCCUUCGUCUAAGCAGUCCCAUCAACGGAAUAUCUGUCAAACCCAAACAAGAUACCACUCUCGGAGGUGGUAGAUACACCGUCAGUAGGGAAGAUUUCAUCUCAGUUAACAUGAAAGGUCUCCAUCACGACGUGAAAGUUUGGGGAGAAGAUCACGAUGAGUUCAAACCUGAAAGGAUGUUUGACGAUAAAUUCAACGCUCUGCCUCCAAAUUCUUGGAAGCCUUUCGGAAACGGAGCCAGAGGAUGUAUUGGUCGUGGCUUUGCAUGGCAAGAAAUGCUGAUGAACGUUGCUUUGGUGCUUCAGCGCUUUCAAAUUGAGAAGGCAGACCCGAAUUACAAACUUGAGCUCAAAUCGACUUUGACAAUCAAGCCAUGGAACUGGCGGAUGAAGGUUCGUCGCAGGCCCGGAAAGGCAUUGAUGACUGGUAUUCCCGGUGGUAUCCCUUCUGAGGUUGCCCAGAAAUCAAAGGCGACCUCCGAAAACGCCCAAGACUCAACUGGGUCGGAAGCGAAGGCAGCAAAAUUCACUAUAUUCUUCGGUGGAAAUGCCGGCACCUGCGAGGGAAUGGCCCAAGACCUUCAAAGUAGAGCACAGGCUCAUGGACUCGAAGGAGAGAUUCAAGCUCUGGAUUCCGCGACUGAAAACUUGCCAACUGAUCGUCCUAUUGUGAUCAUCACCUCUUCUUACGAAGGCAAACCGCCGGACAAUGCCAAAAAGUUCGUCAGCUGGUUAGAAACCAAGUCCGAUGUUUCACUGCUCAAGGAUGUCAAGUACGCUGUUUUCGGUGUCGGCAACUCGGACUGGGUGGACACCUAUCAUCGUAUUCCAAGGGUUGUCGACGAAGGUUUGAAGAGACUGGGAGCCCAAAGACUUUGCGACACUGGGUUUUCCAACGUUAAAGAAGACCUGAUUGGGCCGUGGGAAGAGUUUUUGGAUCCGCUGAUAGAAUCGUUGCGGAAAGCUGUAGGUGCAAGCGGCGACGUUCUUACCAAAGAAUUAGCAGUCGAUAUACAAACCAGCAAGGAUCCAAAAAUACCUCCACGAGACGAAAGUGCUUUCGGAACGGUUCUUGUGAACCGGGAGCUUGCUAGCAAUGAGAUUGGCCCGGCAAAGAAACAUAUGGAGAUUCGUCUUCCAGCCUUAGAGGGUGCAGAACACUACACUGCUGGCGACUAUCUCGUUGUCACUCCGAGAAACCCCAAGAUAGUCGUUGAGAGGGUCAUAAGCCAUUUCGAUCUCAAAGAAGACCAGAACAUCAGCUUUAAGAACUCCAAGAAAUUCUUUCUGCCGACUACGCCAAUCUCAGUAAAAGAGUUCUUGUUCACUGCAGUUGAACUGAGUACACCAAUCACAAAAAAACAAGUCGAAACUGUGGUUGCAUCUGCAAAACAGGAACAAAAGUCGAAGAUCGAAAUCCUGAGAGAUGCAGAAGUAUAUCAAGGGCUUCUCAAGAGGCGUUACAGCAUCCUAGACAUCCUCGAUGAAUAUGAUGUGGAUAUACCUCUGAGUACUUACGUCGAUAUGCUGCAACCCUUAGCCGCUCGACAGUACUCAAUAUCAUCUUCUGCAUUAUACCCUGACAACAAUCCAGGAAACGAAGAACACGCGGACAUCUUGUCUAUCACCUACGAUGUGCUUGAACAGCCGGCCCUUUCGGGUAACGGGACAUUCUACGGUGUAGCUUCCACAUAUCUCGCUUCUAGGCGCCCUGGCGACAGAAUAGCUUGUGCAACACGUUCUACCAACGUCAACUUCCGACUUCCGAAGGACCCGGAGACACCUGUGAUUAUGAUCGCAGCAGGGACAGGUAUUGCUCCAAUGCGGGCAUUCAUCCAGGAACGUGCAGCGAUUGCAGAAGCAGGUGCUCGCAAGCUUGGACCUGCAAUCCUAUUCUUCGGGUGUCGCCACGCGGACAAGGAUUUCAUCUACAAAGACGAACUCAGUAAAUGGGAGAGUGAAGGUAUCGUCGAAGUGAAGCCUGCAUUCAGUAAAAUGUCGGAUAAGCCUGUCUAUGUCCAGGAUGUUAUUUGGGAAAAUCGGGAGAAGGCGAGAACAAUGUUCCAAGCCGGUGGAAAGAUCUUCUUGUGCGGAAGUGCUUCGAAACUUGGGAAAAGCGCAGCAGAUAUCUGUAAGAAGAUAUACCGUGAAGGCAAAAAUUGUAGUGAGGAGGAGGCCGCAGAAUGGUUGGACAGGCAGAAAGAGGAUCGUUAUGUCAGUGAUGUUUUUGGUUAG